GUAAAAAAACAAAAAACAAACAAACAGUGAUCCGUUAGUUUUCUUUUUUCUUUUCUUUUUUUAGUUUUCUUUGCGAUCUGUGAAGAAGAAAAAAAUAAUCCUUAUCGGGGAUUACUUGGCAGAUAAGCCAGUGAUGGAAACAGAGAAAUCUCCUUGACAAAUUUUUCGAUAAGAAGUUAUGCAUACGGCUAAGUGCGAUCAGGUGUCUGUCUAACAUGGUCUGAGCCCUUUGACGUGAUCUCUCUGUCGAUACUUUUUGGUCGUGAUGGUCGCAGCGGCCCCCAGCCAGUCCCUUCGCCAAGUGUAGUGAGGAUCUGCGCCACCGCCAUGGCGCCGUUGCCCUGCAGUGCCUCCAUCCGCCGCCGCCGCCGGUGGCACGGCCUGCCCCAAGUGGUGGCGGUGACGGCCUUCACCAUGGCCUUCGUCGGGGUGGCCAUGCUGCUCCAGGACACGUCCCCCGUGCACCACAUGGCCCUGCGCUCGGCCCCGCACGGCCCGGGCCGCACCCUCCUGGAGGCCACCACGGAGAUAGCGCUGGAGGAGGAGGAGGACGAGACCGUGUCGCCCACGGAGGUCAGCAACGAGACCAAGCCCGAGCAGAAGGCGACGCCCCUGUUCCCGCCCGACCUGUUCACCAAGGAGCAGCGCAAGAAGGGCGCCAUCCUGCUGCACGUGCUCGGCAUGAUCUACAUGUUCGUGGCGCUGGCCAUCGUGUGCGACGAGUUCUUCGUGCCGGCGCUCGACGUGAUCAUCGAGAAGCUGCAGAUCUCGGAGGACGUGGCGGGCGCCACCUUCAUGGCCGCGGGGGGCUCCGCGCCCGAGCUGUUCACCUCCGUGAUCGGCGUGUUCAUCAGCUUCGACGACGUGGGCAUCGGCACGAUCGUGGGCUCGGCCGUGUUCAACAUCCUGUUCGUGAUCGCCAUGUGUGUGCUGUUCUCCAAGACUGUGCUGGACCUGACUUGGUGGCCGCUGUUCCGUGACGUUAGCUUCUAUAGCGUAGCGCUACUCAUGUUAGUUGUGUUCUUUAUGGACAAUAAAGUGUAUUGGUACGAAGCCCUCAUCCUGUUCGCGAUAUAUUUGCUCUACUGUUCUUUUAUGAAGUGCAACGAGGGCGUGGAGCGGCGAGUGAAGCAGGCCCUGAACCGGAACAAGGUGACUCGAGUGUGCUCCACCGAUCAGCUGGUGCCAAAUCACGCGGCGGGACCCCAACCUGCCCAGUCCGGCGGACGUCGACCCAGCGCCCCCGUGCUCCACUCGGGCACCAAGUUCCGCCACGGCCUCCUCCAGCUGAUGAUCCACACCAUCGACCCGCUGCACGAUGGCAAGGUGGACGAGAAGGCGACGCAGCUGCACGCCAUCGCCUCGCUGAAGGUGCUGCUGGACGCCACCAAGCCCCAGAACGGCCGCGUGGAGACGUACCGCUCGGACGGCCUGGCCCCCGACCCUCGCCCUGACAAUCAGUCGCACGUAAGUGGCCGCUCGUCGCAGGGCACGGAGGUGACGCACGUCGACUCGCUGGGCUCCUCGGACGCGGCCUCGCAGAGCGGCCCGCACACCAACGGCGACCUGCAGUCCGAGAGCAACUCCGUGGCGAACAAUGUGAGUUAUGGCACCAACUCUGUGCGCAAGAUUCCCAAUAAGGCUCCCCAGAACGGCGACAACAACGGCGUGACCCCGACGCUGCACGCCGCGGCCCCCGAGGCGACGGACCCCGAGGCCGUCGUCACCACCCCGGCGGUAAGACUCGCUAGCCUCGCCGACCCCUGAGACACGCCCAGGGGUCGCCAGCAUGACCUCGACCUGGCAACGCCUGCAGCCGGCACUCGGCCCUUGGUU